AGAUUCUUCAUCCCGGAAGUCCGGCGUUCCCUGUCAGCGCGGACUGAGGGGAUGGCUAUCGAGCCUCGACCGGAGCAGCUGCAGCCUUUCCGCCCGGACCGCUGACUAAAAACAAAACAACAACAACAACAAAAAGGGACUACCGUCCGCCCACCCACCUAGGGGAGAAGCCGUAGCCGAGCAUGGCGGAGUUGGUGGCUGGGGAGGGGCCGCCACGAGGCCGCACGCCCAGCCCGCUCCCGAUCUCGGGGCCGCCGAGCCCUCGGCCAGCUGCGGCUCCCGCCUGUCCCGCGCGCAGCCCGGAGCCUCCGCCGCCCGAGAAAGCCGCGGCGGGGAGUGGCGGCGGCGGCGGUUCCAAGUGGGUCCGGCUCAACGUGGGCGGCACUUACUUCGUGAGCACCCGCCAGACCCUCUGCCGAGAGCCCAAGUCGUUCCUCUGCCGCCUCUGCUGCCAAGAAGGGCCCGAACUAGGCUCGGACAAGGAUGAAACGGGGGCAUAUCUCAUUGAUAGGGAUCCCACAUACUUUGGUCCAAUCCUGAACUACCUCCGGCAUGGAAAACUCAUAAUAAACAAGGAAUUGGCAGAAGAAGGUGUCCUGGAAGAAGCUGAAUUUUACAACAUUGCAUCUCUAGUGAGGCUGGUGAAAGAGCGAAUACGAGACAAUGAAAGCAGAACUUCUCAAGGACCUGUCAAGCAUGUUUACCGAGUUCUGCAGUGCCAAGAAGAAGAACUCACCCAGAUGGUGUCUACUAUGUCUGAUGGAUGGAAAUUUGAACAGUUAAUUAGUAUUGGAUCUUCAUACAACUAUGGAAAUGAAGAUCAGGCAGAAUUUCUCUGUGUUGUAUCAAGAGAGCUCAAUAAUUCGACCAAUGGCAUUGUCAUAGAGCCUAGUGAGAAAGCAAAGAUUCUUCAGGAGCGAGGAUCACGGAUGUAAUCCAAGCAUCUAACUUUAAAACUCCCAGAUGUUAAAAGGGCAACUUAGCAGGGCUGAGCAUUUCUCCUGCAGUCCAACCUUGCUUUUGUACAGUAAUAAAACUAACACAAAGCAAAGCUGAGCCUGUCCUGCCAGUGGAGAAUUAAAUCCUGGUAAAAACCAAAGGCUCAUCCCACCCCAGUCACAGAAAGCUAAGAGAAAAGAAGAGAAUCUUCCAGCUGGAGAGCGCCUUUGCUCUGCUUUUUUUUUUCCUUGCUGUCUUGGCAUUGACUCAUGUUUGGGGGAUAUAUAUAUAUAUAUACAUAUUUAUAUUUAUAUCAUCACAGGCCUGGAUAAAGAGCAGACUUUUGGUUUCACACUGCUAUUUCUAAUGCUUUAGUUAGAAAAAAUGUCCUAGUUAGAGUCAUUCAGGUCCAGGGAAAAUAGAUUUGAAAAUGAAUAAUUAAAUAUUUUUUCCUCCAUGUUCACUCACAAAUCUUUUUUAAAAAAAUAUGUUACUGGUUCAGAGCUGUUAAAUAAGAAAGUUGAGUGAGGGAUGUGGUAUUAGCUGAAGGUUUUUUCUUCUGAUAACACUACAAAUCUAACUGUAGGCAUUCCUUGCAGUGCAGUUUGGUCAGCAUUCUUCAUGCUUUUGAGGUAUCCAAUUACCUGUGAUAUUUAGAUUCUGUCAUAUUGUUUCUUAUUCUCUGUGAAAAGAGAGGAAAGAAGGAAGCUUAUGCCCCAUUUCUCUUACCAAAGCUAGAAUGUGGGUUAUUUCAAAUAGUUCAUUGAUAUGGAAGAUUUGUUCCUGCCAAGUUCAGCUUUGCCUUGUCUUCAAUAGCAUGAAACUAUUCCCUUGUUCUCUUGAUGUCCUGCAUUAAAGCAGGUUUUCAUUUGUACUCUAAUUAUUUUAGUUCUCAACUCUUACCUAAUACAUCCAGGGAUAGAGAGUCUUAUUUACACAUUAUGAUUCUGUGCUUGAAAUUUCUCAUCCCUCUUUGUGUCCUCUCACCCAAAAUGACUAAAGGCCAUUGCACAGGUUGGGGAGGGGGGGUGGGGCAGGGAGGUGUAAAAUGAUGACAGUUGCCAAACUAUUGUGAUGUUUCUUGUCCAAAGUGAUUUGUGAACUUCUGUAUUUUUUUUUCUGUUGGAAUGCCUUGAAUGGAAGUAACAAUGUUGUGCCUCUCUGAAUUCUAAUCUUAGACAAAUGGGACUUACUGAUUUUGUCAAUUAAUUUGUGCCAUCCCUAAUCAGUGAAAUGUCCCUUCUAGUUGUUGGUAAAUGGAAUUCCUGAAGUAUUUGCUCUACAUUCUGGCUUUGUUUCUCGUUAGUCAACUUUGGCUUCUGGGCCUUUGAAUUAAGCUCUGAGCAUAAUGAACCAAAGUAUCAAAGAAACUGCAGUGCUUUGGUUUUCCCUAGGCAAUAAUUGAAGCUCCCAUGUUAGUCAGUGAUCGGAGUAGGAUCCCUUAUAUUCCGAUUGGUUUGCUUGGAAUUUCUCAGCAAAGAGUUGCACUCAGUGUCUUUUUCAUGUUUUAUGGUGUGUGGUAAUGAGGCUUCCCCUUUUAUUUCUUCCUAGUUACAAAAGGAGUGGGAACAAAUAGGAUAGUGAAUGGUUACUGAAAGCAUGGAAGAAGAUAUAAUGCAGAUGAAGCAAAAAUGUUUUAAAAUGAAAUUUAACAGGGUACCAAAUUAUCCUGCUCCAUUAAUCUCCAGUAUUUGUGUACAUAUAUCACUGAGCUUCCCCACCAUUUUGCCAACAUACCUCCACUGAUGUUUUGAUGGGUUAGAGUUUGAAUAAUGUGCAUUGUUCAGUCCCUGUAGCAACAGACUGUACCAAAGGUCUUGAGGUCAGCUUCUGGCUGCUAAACUCAACCAGCUUCAAACUCUGUGGAAUUCAAGCAACUUUCUUGUCCUUCUUCAUCCUUCCUGUUUGUAAUGUGUUGGUAUUGGCAUGGUCAGACAGUGUACGUCAUGGCUGGAUUUAACUAACACUGUGAUGUGUACAUAAAUCUAUGAAUAUCUUGUUCUUUCAGCCCUUGUCAGUGUAUGUCCACAGCUGAGAAAUAACCAGAUGUGUUUGUGUGUGUGUGUUGCAAGGAAGUAUAAGAACCACAGAUGUAUCCUCAUAAUCUCUCCUUCCAAAGAAGGGAGAUUGUGGUGGCAUGAACUAGUUGAAAGAAAAAACCAGAGGAUGCUGCAAAGAAUAGCUGCCAUUUCCAACUUGGCCUAACCCAACUCAUUCCCCACCUUGCUGGGCACGUAGCAGUGUUAGGUUUGCUUGGAAGCAGAUCUUAACUGUGUAGCUUUAGUAAACUAAAACAAAUACCUCAUUGAUUUAUGUUAUGAUCACCAGAAACACCAUGCAUGGGGAAGCCACAUUAGAAGAGUGCCUGAUGUCAAGUUAAUGAACUGGUAAAAGUAAUUUCAUUUUGUUGUACAUGUAGGCGUCAUUGAAAACAGCUCCAUUUAAAUCUGGAAUAAAAUCAGAUUUGAGAUGAGGCUGCUCUGUUACAGCAAGAUUUGAGCUAAAUGCAGAAAAAAACUGUUUCUGCUAAAUAAAUAGGGCCACUUGCUGCUGACAAGUUGUGAGAGGUUUUCAGCAAAUCUAGUUUUUUGUUGGAACAUGACUACCUUCUCUUUUCCUUCCCUUAUUAAAUAUUUCUAGUUAUGGUUUGGGGGACCCUUCCUGAAAUGAUGAGCAGUUUAGUUGGAGAUAGAAACAGUAUUAGGGAUUGGGAAAGCUCUCUGCUUUCUUAAUAUAAGGGCUUGAAUUCCAGCUACAGCAAGACACUAUUCUAGCUCACCCACUUGGGAUGUUCUUUUCUCAAGAUGGGAAGCCACCUUCAGACCCUGUUAAAUUCAAGAAUCGGCUUUCAUGUUCUCCACCAGUUGUAACUUUGCCUUCUUAGCAACAGGGCUCUUCCUUGCAUUUGCCUUUAUGUGGUUGAGACUAAACUAAAGUUGGAGCAUGAAUACAGAUGCUGUUUCCCCAUGAAAGGCAGUAAAUGGCAAAGGAAGCCAGUGGUGGGAUGGGUUUUCAUCUGAGGGAUGUGCAUCUCUUGAGGUUUUUUUUAAACCAUUAGCUAGCCCCUGGGGACCAGUACCUGGUUGAGAAACCCAGCGGCCCAAUUGUUCCGUUACAGCAAGGUUGGAGCUAACCUUCUCUUAAAAGUGUCUUUGUUUCUGCACAUUUUUAAUCAAUUUUUCUCAGGGGUGACUGAAUGGUCCGAGGGGGAGUGGGUUAUCCACAAAGGGGUGAGGGUGGCUCCUCGGACCUUCACAGCUGGGCCGUGGGCUCCUCACCCUCAGGGUUUGCUUGCAAGCCUAGAGGUUUUGUACAGUUUGUCACAUGUCGGUGCCCUUUGCUACUUGUUUCUCUUGGUUUAUUAAAUGUGUUUGAAUAAUAAUGGAAAUGCUGUGAUUUCUUUUUCCAAUAAAGAUUCUGACAUGA